AAAAUGUCUAGUAAUUCUAGCACCCAGUAUUGAUUUAUUUAACUGUUUUAUUAUUAUGUUUAAUGGUUUGGUGUAAUUUUUUUUGUGUUGCGGCUAUAACCAUAACCUCAUCAUCCACAUCAACAACAACAUGUGUAACAACAACAGCGAAGACAACAUCAAGUUCUUUCAUGACAACGUCCACGGCUACCAGUACGCCAUCUCCUGGAAUUGGGGACACUAAAAGCAACGAUGACAAAGCGUCUGCCUCCCAAAUCAUGUACAUUGGAGCAGGAGCUGGUGGAACUGUAGCUAUCGUCAUUAUUGUCGUCGUAAUCGUUAUCGUAUUAAUAAAAUGCGGAAGAAAGGCACAAACGGCUGCACGGUACGAACAUAAUCCACAAAGUGGCCUCUCUAACGACGGGUUCGAGCAUAGUGCCGUGUAUGAGGAAGGAGCUGUAACCUUAAGAGCGGAAGGCGAAAUGCCAUACUCAGUGCUGGGUAAUCUCGGAGGCGUAACUCAUAACUCGAGGAAUGAAAACACAUACAGUACACUGCAGGACGGGAACAACAUAUACGACACGAUCGAUCGUAUCAGUGACUGUCCAACCACUGAUGCGCCUCCUCCACCAACUGAUUGGGGAUACAUGCCUCGAAGCUCUGAGCUCUCUGGUGUGUAUUUAACACCAUCUGAGGGACGCAGAUCAGUAAUAAAUUCGUCUGACCAUUACUCCGACAGUGGUAGUAGUGGUUAACAGUUUAACUGGCCGCGUUGAUACUUAAAAAUGACAUGUAUUUGAUAUACAAUUGUGUACGUUCUUAAAAUGGACGCCAUGUAAAAAAAAAUUGUUGGCAAAAUUAUUUUUUUGCUGCCUGUACUUAGCAACCGUAGUUUUAAAAAAUAGACAAUCAAAUAUUAAAAUAAUUGUUUAUUGAACAAAAGCAAGAAAAGUAUGUAAGAUCAAAUUAUUUAAAAUUAUUCAUUACUAUAUGACAGCAAAAAUUUGUAAAUUUAAACAAUACUUGUGUGAAUACGUUUUACAACCUAAUCGUUGUGUUAUUUGUAAAUUAUGUCAUAGGUUAAGAAAACUCGUUUGAUACACAUUUGUAUAUACACAUCGUUAAUGAGGAUUCGUUGAACAUUUCUAUGUUGUUUUUGUUUCUGAUGAGCCGAACAUAUUUUUCAUGUCAUCAUUAUAUGAACAUGCUGUUAGCAGUGAUAUAAUAUAAUCAAUAUGGUGAUAUUCACAUUUUUAACUAUCAUUAUUGCAAAUCAAUGAAUGUAUUUCUACUAUUCAAUAUCCAUGCUGUAGUCGUUUUGUUGAUGUGUAUAGACCUGAAUAUUUAACGUUAAAUUGAAGACAAAUACAUAUGUAUAGGACGAUCAAACGUGACCAUACAGUAUAUAAGAAUACUCAUAGUCUGUAUUUAAUAUAUGAACGACAGUUAAUGCACAUAUUUAUUGAAUGUAUGCAGCAUAGAAACGCAUCUAUAAAAAUGACGACAUUAGCUUUAAAUAUUCCCACAUAUACUCUAACACUAAAAUAAUUAAACAAUUGCAAUAAAUAUAAUAUUUCUUUAUCUUAUAGCACUCUGAAUACUCAACGUAAAUGUGUAAUGUGUAUGUUUAAAUCAUAAUCUGUGGUAUACCAAUAUUGAAGUCUAUAUAUUGUAUACACAUAUUGUUUAAAAAAAAUAUAUAUGUGUAUAAUACAUCCGUAUGGUUUUAUAUAUUACGUUUGUAUACAGAAUGAAUAUGGCAUUACUAAACACAAGUUUAUUUUUCAGUUUCUCCAUAAAGUAAAUUGUAUGUGUAGUAAUAUUCAAAGUACGAGCUUUUUUUUUAUUUCUACAAUGAUAAUAUUUUUGAACCCAUUAACCACUUAUUGCAUUAAAUGAUGUGUUCAUCAUCACUGUGCUUUACUUAUGUGUCAUACCAGUUCAAAAUAUACUCUAAAACUGUAAGCAAUUAUAGUUGUGUGCAGAAGAAGUCGCCAUAUAGCAGUCCCACUGCCCAUCGCUGCGCCUGUUAAAUAACUUGUCACAAUGUAAACCGACACAAGACAACGUUUCGCGUGUGAAAUCCCUCUCCAUACCUGAUAGGUCAAUGCCACUCUUUGAAGCAGAGGUCAAAUCAGAUAAUAAAACCUGCAAACGUGAAUUAAAAUUACAGUCCCUGAAAAACCUUUACCAUACAUCGAAAAAAAUUCACAUAUCUUUGCACCAAUGUUAAGCAUAAUAGGACAGAAUGUCGCCAGUAAACCCGUCUUGUCUCUCCACUUCAAAGAUAAAGGUCAUCAUUAGAGAUUGGAAAAUUUAUAUCUAAGCAAUAUCCUUUCCAUCUUCAGAGAUUGGAAAUUUCUAUCUA